UUGUGCAACCUGAGCUCAGGUUCAAGGCAGCAAAAUCAGCCCCCACCUUUGCUUUGCUUUUUUUUCCUUUGCUUUAUUGCAAACAGCAUUCAGUGGUUGCACAGUGUACCUGGAGAGCAGCACGAGUCACUCUUCCAAUCUAAGCGUGGUGAAUAAAGUUGAAGAUGGGCGAGUGGGGUUUUUUGGCGAAGCUGUUGGACAAGGUGCAGUCGCAUUCCACCGUCAUCGGGAAGGUGUGGCUCAGCGUGCUCUUCGUCUUCAGGAUCAUGGUCCUGGGAGCCGGGGCGGAGAAGGUGUGGAGCGACGAGCAGUCCAAGAUGAUUUGCAACACCAAGCAGCCGGGCUGCAAGAAUGUGUGCUACGAUCAUGCUUUCCCCAUCUCGCACAUCCGCUUCUGGGUCCUUCAGAUCAUCUUCGUUUCCACGCCCACGCUGGUCUACCUGGGCCACGUCAUGCACGUCAUCCACAAGGAGAACAAACUACGGGAGAAACUGAACAGAAGCAACACUUCCAUGCUAAAGCUUCCCAAGUAUUCUGACCACAAAGGCCAGGUGAAGAUCAAGGGCGACUUGCUGGGGAACUACAUGACGUCCAUCAUCUUCCGUAUUAUUCUGGAGCUGGCCUUCAUCGUGGGCCAGUACUACUUGUACGGCUUUGUCAUGGAGCCCCAGAUCGUGUGCUCGCGGGCGCCUUGCCCCUUCACGGUGGAAUGCUUCAUGUCGCGACCCACCGAGAAGACCAUCUUCAUCAUCUUCAUGCUGGCCAUGUCCUGCGUGUCGGUGCUUCUCAACGUGGUGGAGGUCUUCUACCUGGCGUGCUCAAGUAAUGCCCGGAGGAGAGCCAAAAUUGUCACCGGAGCCAUACGGGGUCCAAUAAACGGCGAAGGAUUCCGAGCGUGAGCGAGUGGACAAAAUGGCGACUGGCGGAAGAAAACCCCCAGAACUUUAAAACGGCCUUCCAAGGGCGACUUCCAAAUAUAGUGGUAUUUUGUCUUUUAUUUUAUUUAAAAGUAUGUUGUUUUUGAUCAGUGCCUCAAACAUGUCUGCUUAGAGUUCAAGUCAGGUUAGCUCAUCAUGUUCUUUGCUCCUUAUAACCACGCCGGUUGGUAAACAUUGUUAUCUGACUUUUUGAAAGGUGUAAAUAUUUUGAUUGUGGAUCAGGUUCUUUUACAUUGUAUUUUUGCUUCAUGUUUGUGAUUUUAAUAAAGGUUUAUUUGUGUAAUUUA